CAAAGAAAAUGGCGACGAGGAGAACGUCUGCGCAGAAAUGAGGUAGACAAGUUUGUCGACAAAACAUUUUCAAGAUGUGAUAUGCCAACAUGAAGUCUGUCUCUGUGAAAGGGAGCUUUCAUCCGCAACUCAGCAGCACCAACAAACGCCAACUGAGUGAACGCACCAAGCGUCCCCUCCUCUUCAAAGGGAAAGGUGGCUCACUAUGUGAAUCCUCAUCUUCUGGUUACUCCUCACUCCUUAACGGAGUCGACAGAGAUGACUUGGGACCGGUGGACCCCAAUUGGUUUGAGAAAGCUGCAAGUAAUGGUGGAGACUCUGGCAAGGACCUGCAAUGUAAGGAGCCCCAAGUAGAAAGUCUGCAAGGAGUUGCAUCCCUCAAAAAUUUCUCUGAUAUUAGUGAAACGCCCACCAGGCAUCGUAAAGCCAGUGAUGAGGUUGAUCUUGGGACGCCUCACCCCUUCUAUUCCCCUCCAUCGCUGUUCACACCCGAUGAACGACAUCAUGGAGUACAGAGACAGUGUGAUGAGAGGCAAUACUUCACCAGGACAUCCAACCAUCCCAUUAGAAACGGUAUCAGUCCAGCAACUCCAAGUCUAGUACCUAUCACCCCAAACUUGCCAGUUGCAGAGGGCAACACACUGAGACAGACACCGUCACUGUUAGGAGACAGUCCAUUUUCAGUUGAACAGAGCGCUCUUCAAGUUCCCAGUCCGUGUUGGAAUUCAACCCAUAAGCAGACCACACCCACCUUCAUGAAGCAACUUUUUAAAACGCCUUCUAGCUUGAUGAAACUAGACGACUUCAGUUUUACAACUCCAGGACCUUGUUUGAGUACUCCUGUUCGGAUGUCCGUUAGUCUAGGGGUAGAUCUUAAUGAUUCAAAUCUGUCUUGGACAAGCUCGCUAGCUACUCCACAAGGAGCAACAGACACAACAUCGACUAACAAGUCACUCUUUCCCAACGACUGGAAUGAGGAAUCCACGGUUGUUGCAAAGGCCCUCUUCACAAGUUGUAUCGAGACCCCAAACUGUCACACUCCGUCCAGAGGAAGGAUUGACAACGACAGCCAGGCAAGCACUGUACACCUUCAGAGCCUUCACAUGUCAUCAGCUGAUGAGGACAUUCUUGGAGAUACACUAGAAAGUGAUCAUGUGGACGGUGAAGAGGCAGGGAAAGUCAAGAAGGUGGACGACGACGCUCAAGGAGGGAGAACAGGAUGUGGUGGCGAGGAGGAGGAGGGUCCAAGUCACUCUAAUUACAUGUCAGGACUAAAAGAACAGGAAAGCAUUUCAACGGAUAUACAAAGCAGGACAGAGUACGGGAAACAAGACAUCAAGACAACAUGUGAAAUCUUAAUCCAAGCCACUGCGGAAGAUGAUGGUGAUGAUGCAGAGACAGUCAAGGUAUGCUCAUCUGCGAUUCCAACCCAGCAACAUAACACAGACAACCUUCUUGAGAAUCAAACAAGGGUAACAUCAGGCCAACCAUUUGACAAACCAAAGCAAAGCAGCCACAGCUUACAGACGGUACAGACGAGUAGUCAGCAAUCUACGACCGACCUAUUGGACAGCUCCUCUUCACCCAAUGUCUCAGGGCUCUCAGGUGUCGAGAAGAGCCGCCUAGAUGACACCCUUGCCUUCUUUUUUCUUACACCUCCGCAGACAAGAAGUAGGAUUGCAAAUUUGAAGAAGCAGAAGCAAAUGAAGGAGAUUGAGGAACGAAUACAUCAAGCCUGUCUGAGUGAGCACAGAGACUCAGCAGGCGAAAUCCAAGAAGCUAGGCAACUGGAAAGUUGUCGCUGUCCAGACUUGCCUUUAGAGAGUGCCGUUAGAGAAUCCUCUCAGGAGAUGAGUGAGAAAGAAGUGAGAACAACUCGCAGACGAAAAACUGUUGUAAGGAUUCAGGAAGAAGAUGGCUCCUUGAAGGAAGUUAUUGAGAAUUUGUCUGAGACCCAAGUUAGUCAGGCAUUGUGCAAGAGCACAAACUUUGAUACUGAGGGAAACUUCUUUCAUGUAGUGUCAGAAGAGGAUGCAAAAAUGACAGCAGAUGACAGUGUGUAUGUGUUAAGAGAUGACCUAAUACUGACUGAAAAUUUAAAUGCAUCCCCUGAAGUAUUGAAUCAUUCAGCUAGUAUCAACAAUUUGCCAAAUAUUUCAGCUCAGCCAAAUGUAAUUCCAACUUCGAUUAAAGAUCAUCAACUCACUGAUGCAUGUAAGCCAGCAACCAUCUCUAUUGACGUUACUAACCUCACGCCUCUGAAGCAAACGAGAAAACUAGACACUGCUUCCAUUAUAGACAGUCCAGAUAUCUUCUCACAAAUCUCGCCCGAAUUUGUUAAUGCAUUGUGCAGUAUGACGGACCAAGUCUCCGAGACCAACAACCAGCUGAGGAAAGCUUCUCCUCCAUGUAAUCCACCAGAACAGAUUCAGAUGAGCCAAGGUAACUCCGUCUCUUGUAACGCCAAGCCCGAUACUUGCAUGCUACCAUCAGGAUCCAUGAAAAGUUCCUCAAGUGAAAACAUACCUCAACCACCUGUGCCAAUCUUAACUCUCGAUAAACAAGCAUCCGUCCAGUAUCCCAAACCAAAACCAAAUGAGAAUGAUUUAAGUUUCAAAGAUAAGGACUCUGAGAAUUGUUUAAACAUCAAAGAAAAGGACUUUCAAAACCGGCUUUUCAGGAUGCAGCCCAAAGCGACAACCACAAGGAGGUUCUUCUACCCUGCUGGCUCAUCUAACGCAGGUCAAUCUGGUGGUCGCAAAGCAAUGCAGUGGAUGUCGGAGGCUGUACUGGUCAAGUCUGAUGAAGAUAAGCAGGAGAUCUCAGAGCCUGGGCCAAUUGCUGACAACGAGAAGGCAACGGUGGAACCAACACACAGAAGCAGUUCCCGCUCAUACAGCAGUACCCCUGCUCAGAGAAACUCAGGUUUUGUGACAUUUAACAACUUCAUCAACUCCAAGAGAGCUCAAGCCCCAAGUUUCAUGUAUCCCACCAAGGUGACAGUGCUACACGACAAACACGUGCAAUACAAGGACAAACCGAUUCAGCAUGGCCAGACAAAGCAUCAGGCAACAGAUGGAUCCAAUGUUAACGGUCAGUCUGGGUCGUCCAACACAACAAGCCAAACCACACCCCUGAGUCGAAGGGGUCCUCACAACUCAAGCUACAGCAGGAUCAGGAGAAGGACAGGUACCCAUGCUUUACCUGCUCCAAAAAGAUUGAAGACCACAUUGGAGAAUGAACACCAGGGGUCAAGCUUUAGAUGCAGUGAUGGAAAGGGAGUGCUAACAAAGACAGAAGAGAUUUCUGAAAAUGAAAAGGCUCCUUGCACCAAACUUUGCACAUCUGUCGUUCAAACAUCUAAUGGAGGGUCAAUCUCAGAUGAAAAUGGUUUUAUUCUCAAAGGAGCAACUUCCACAGGAGACUCUGAUCAUCGACAACUAACAAACAAUGUUGCACUAUCAAAAGAUAUACAAAGGCAAACAGUGGAGGAAGAUAUGCACUUUUCUUCAAUGACGAACAAAUUAGCUGCUGAUGAAUGGGAUGGAUCUGUUCAUCGAAGGAAUCCUGAGACUGAUGUGUCUCAAACUCAGAUUCCGACCAUCCCUGCUACUGUUGGCUUCUCUUCAGCCAGCGGCAAUGCAAUUCAUAUCUCAGAAUCUGCCCUUCACAAAGCUAGAGCUUUAUUCGAUGAGGACAGUGAGAAACAAAGAUCAGCCAUCGGAGUCGCAACAAAUUCUCUCAAACUAAACCCAAACAAUCAGAAAAAAAAAUCUGAGUCGGAUAAUGAUGUUGGAAGUCGCAACAAAACAGUGGAUGUUGGAUUUACAUCAGCCAGCGGCAAAUCUAUACAGAUCUCAGAGUCAGCUCUUAACAAAGCCAAGACACUUUUUGCAGAGGAAGACCCAAAAGAUCAGAUAUCAUCAACAGAUUCCGCCUCCACCAGCAGAGGAGCAGUGCCUAAGACACUUGGAUUUAGCUCAGCUAGUGGUAAAGCUAUAAAGAUCUCAGAGUCGGCUCUUAACAAAGCCAAUACAUUAUUUGCUGAGGAAGACCCAAGAGAUCCCAUCUCAUCAACAGAUUCCGCCUCCACCAGCAGAGGAGCAGUGCCUAAGACACUUGGAUUUAGCUCAGCUAGUGGUAAAGCUAUAAAGAUCUCAGAGUCGGCUCUUAACAAAGCCAAGACAUUAUUUGCUGAGGAAGACCCAAGAGAUCCCAUCUCAUCUUCAGAUUCCGCCUCCACCAGCAGAGGAGCAGUGCCUAAGACACUUGGAUUUAGUUCAGCUAGUGGUAAAGCUAUAAAGAUCUCAGAGUCGGCUCUUAACAAAGCCAAGACAUUAUUUGCUGAGGAAGACCCAAGAGAUCCCAUCUCAUCUUCAGAUUCCGCCUCCACCAGCAGAGGAGCAGUGCCUAAGACACUUGGAUUUAGUUCAGCUAGUGGUAAAGCUAUAAAGAUCUCAGAGUCGGCUCUUAACAAAGCCAAGACAUUAUUUGCUGAGGAAGACCCAAAAGAUCCCAACUCAUUAAUGCCAUCCACCUCCGUGAGCAAAGGAGCAGAGCCUAAAAUACUUGGAUUUAGUUCAGCAAGUGGUAAAGCUAUUCAGAUAUCAGAAUCAGCAUUACAGAAAGCCAGACUUCUCCUGGAAGAUGAACAAGAGUCAUCGGCGCAGUUGGCCUCAAGAAGCGGAAACAACAUUUCUCAAUCUGAAAGAGGUAUGAUGAACUCUACAUUGCUGAAAAAAGAGAAUGACAAAGAGUUACUCAUCACUCAAAAUAGUGUGAUGAGAGAGCAUGACUUACAUUUAGAAAUUGCCGAGCUAAACUCAUCGGCUCUUGAUGGAGAAAAGGUACCCUCUAAAGUUGGAUUUGCUUCUGCGAGUGGAAAACCAAUCUGUGUUUCUGAAACUGCUUUGCACAGAGCUAAACAACUUUUUGAGAAGGACGGAAAUGAAAUCCCAAUCCCUGCUGGAUUUGCCUCAGCCUCGGGAAAAUCCAUUGAGAUAUCAGAUGUUGACUUGAAGAAGGCAAGAGCCAUGUUUGAAGAUUCAGAAGACGAGCCUGCUUCUUCCAAAACGAGUUGUCCUGAAACACUCACUUUACCAAAUGAACUUCCAAUACCUUGCAAACAGAGUAGAUGUGGACAGGGGGAUUCAAAGCCUCAGACCAACUACAGGAACCUCCCCAAAGGAUUUAGACCCUUCAAAGCUCCAGCCAAAAUGAAGACUCCUUCUAAAUCAAAAACUUUACUCAAGCAGUCACACUGUCUGCCCAUAAUAUACGAGACCAUAAAAGAUAAACCAGUGCCAUCCUUAAACUUGGAAAGUAUACCAGAAGCCCAGGAAAUGGAGUUCACUUCAAAAGGUUCUGCAUCAGUUGAAAUGGUAAGAACUCCAGAUCUAGAAUUUGAGGAGGAGUUUCUUACUGCAAGUCAAGCUCAACGGGAGAUAGAGGCUGCUGAACAAAUGGAGUCUGCUUAUGCUUUCAUGCAGGCAGAGGAUGACAGCUUUUCACAAUAUGAGGGUUUGUCUGUUGGAAAAUUCAUCCCAGGGAUGGGCCCAGCUCGUCCCCUCUUGGAGACUGCAGUGAUGGCCAAUCAAAAUGUUCAAAAUCAGGAAAGUUCUAAACAACCAGCCAAUCAGGUGUCUGAUGACAAAGAGCCAUUUCAUGAGCUACUUUCAGCGGUGCAAGGCUUAUCAAGCCAGACUUUAUCACAGGCCUCAGAUUCCUUAAACCAAGCGUUUGUUCAAUCCCAACUACUCUCUACCGGAGAUGUAACAGAAGUCCAAGUAACUAUUCCUAUAUCCUUCAGCCAGCAGGAAGACUCCAAAAGAGAAAUCAAUAAGAUCUUGCCCAAGAGUAACAUUUCUUCAUCAGUUGGUGUGACGGAAAUUCCAUGGAGUAAUACUCCAUCCUCUCUGAAUACAGAAAAACCUACAUUCAUAGGAUUUAAAACUGCCGGGGGUAAUAAGGUAGAGAUAGCACAAGACGCCUUGCGGAAGGCAAAAGCAUUUCUUGAUGCCGACUCUAAGUAUGAAGAAUCUUGUGUAAUGAAAGCAAGCCAAAAAGCUAACACCAACCCUGCUGAUCAAACACAAGAUCAAAAGGAAUCAUUCCAUAACGGCUCAAAUUUCUCUGGAUUUCAGACUGCAGGAGGGAGACGUGUAGAGAUAUCUAAGCAGGCUCUAAAGAAAGCAAAGAACUUAUUUUCUGAAGAAGAAAUAAUCCACUCAAGAGCUCCAGAGGGUCUUGGUAUGAUUAAUGUUUUGUCAAAAUUUCCUGUCGGAUUUCAAACAGCUAGUGGGAGUAAGGUCAGCGUCUCAGGAGAAUCGCUGAAACGAGCGAGACAUGUGUUAGAAGGAGAUGAUGUGGGCUUCAGGAAAGAGGACAAACUCUCAAAGAUUGCUUCUACAGCUAGUGAUGAAUCUCGAAAACAAAGUGCCAGCUGUGAUAGAAAAACAAAUUCUCAAGGGUCUGGACCGAUAGAUGAUAAGAGGUGUGGUGGCUCCUUGGAGAUUGCAAGCUCAACCCCAAGAGCUUGUGUUGGUUUUCAGACGGCCAGUGGAAAUAAAGUAACAGUGUCAGCAGAGGCUUUAUCAAGAGCUCACAAAUUCCUGAGAGAUGACGAAGCUGAAAUGCAGCAACUUCUUGCAGACACAGAUGAUGCUAAGACCAAGUCACAAACCACAUCCCCAAAGGCGUUUACUUCUCACGAGGAAAAUAAUGUACCAGAAGGAGCUGUAAACACUUUUAACAAAGCGCCAGCACCACACGUUGGUUUCCAGACUACUGGUACAAACAAGGUCAGAAAAUCUGCUGAAUCCUUGACGCACGCACGAAGAGUGGUGGUAGAGCGUGGUGGUGAUUCGCACACAGCUCAAAAAACAAGUGGGAUUUCUUCACAUAAUGAGGAAGAUAUACACUCGGGUCAGUCACACUCUUCACAACAUGUUCCACCAACCUCUGUUGGAUUCCAAACAGCAAGUGGAAAGAAGGUCACCAUAUCAGCUGAUUCUCUAACAAAGGCUCAACGAUUCCUUGCAAAUAUUGAUGGUGAACCUAACACAGUUCAAACAACCAGUGUAUCAAAAGCUCUUGUGCCACAAAAAGGGGAAAGUUUACGCACUGGUCUUGUACAAACUUCAAAACAAUCUCGGAAACCAUUUGACGGAUUCCAAACAGCACGUGGAGACAAGGUUACAAUAUCGGCUGAAUCUUUAGCUAAUGCUCAAAGAUUCCUUGCAGAUGAUAACAGAACUUUAUCACACCCAAAAGCUACAAGUUUCUCACCGGCCAGCAGUAACGAAGUGUCAGUGUCUGCUGAUGCUAUAGCAAAUGCUCAAAGAAUUUUUGCUGAUGGUAACGACACUGUGACUGCUCCUAGAACCACACAGCCAUGCCUAGGUUUCUCCACAGCCAGCGGUAACAAAGUGUCAGUGUCAGCUGAUGCUUUAGCAACUGCUCAAAGAUUCCUUGACCAUGAUAUCGACACUGUGACUGCUCCUAGAACCACACAGCCAUGCGUAGGUUUCUCAACGGCCAGCGGUAACAAAGUUUCAGUCUCAGAUGCUGCCUUAAAGAAAGCACAAAGUCUUUUCCAAGAUGACGAUAGGAACACCAAUCAAGUCUUCCAUCAUAACACGUCCAGUGGUAAGAAUCAAAGCACUUCUAAUCAAGCUUCUAGACCAUCCAUACCUCUGGGUUUCCAAACUGCCAGAGGGUCUUCAGUGUCAGUGUCCAGGACUGCUUUACAGCAAGUCAAAGCCUUCCUUGGAGAUGAUGUGUCUGUAAGUGAAAUGCAAUCUGGAGGAGUUUCACGCCAGCGGUCCAGUCAUGGUGAAGGAACAACCUCGGUUGCGCUGGUUCCCGAGUACGACUCGUCAACUGUUGAUCCAACUGAAGCUCAAGCUGAAUCCAGACCCUCUUUCACUAGAAAGAACGCUGAUGGAAUACGGAUGAAUGAUCGACACCCUGGAGGAGACUGCAAUGAUGCUGUGGUCCCACACUGUGGAGCAAAUACAUCAUCGGGAUUGUUGAUGAAUGCAGCAAAAGACGGACCCCUCAAAGGCGUACUUCAGAAGAGAGGACUUCCCUGUAAACCCUCAACAAGUACAACCCAGCCCUUGCCUCGACCAAAUGUUAACACUCGUCAGCGCACACAAAAGUCAACAAACGGCUCUCAAGUAGUCCCACAGACUGUCUCCUUGGCUUCCCUACAACACAGUAUGGGAGCACAGUCCUUCAGCAGUAACCUCAGCAACAGGGAAGUGGUUUCAAACAAGCGAGGGUAUGAUGCUGGUAGCGGUGACGCUAACUCAGAUUGUCCAACUCCGAAGAGGGCAAAGGUCGAGGUUGACAUGAAGGGGGACUCGUCAAGCGGGAGGAGGAACGCUGUCUUAUCACCCAUUGAGCAGGAUGCUGGAUUACCGAUUAAGGAGUGGGAGGAGGCCAGGAGGAACCAAGCUAGCAGGAUACACAGCAAAAAGACACAAGUAAUCAAGCCAAUACCAGGUGAGCUCAUCUCCAAGAAACAGCAAGGACCAAGACUACCUUUGUAUGAACUGGUCCAUGGCCAGGCACCAGAACUGUACCCUGAAACUGAGUUACUUUCUUGUGGCGUUCUGCCAAGCACCCUGACUGUCACAUCGUCCACAGCUGAAGACUUCAAGUUCAUCUUGAAGGAGCACUUUACCCCUGACAUCCUGAAUAGCAAUGAGGGACUGACUCUUGGAGAUGGUGGAAGACUUGUACCUGAUGAAGCUGGCACUGCAGGAAAGAAAGAAUUUCUCAAUGCCUUGCUUGAUGCCCCCGGUGUAGACCCCAAGUUCCUGACAUCAGACUGGGUGAAUAAUCACUACCGCUGGAUAGUCUGGAAACUAGCUGCUAUGGAAAAGGCCUAUCCUUAUUACUUGACACAGAGGUUUCUGACACCACACCAAGUCCUCCUUCAGCUGAAGUACCGUUAUGAUAGAGAGAUCGACCACGCCCAACGCUCCGCCCUCAAGAAGAUCCUUGAGCGAGACGACACCCCGUCUAGAAGGUUGGUCCUGUGUGUGGCUGGUAUCCACCGUCAAGGCACUGGUGAAAUUGCAAAGUCACACCAGGGUACCACAGGAAAAGAGAAUGAAAAGAUGGCAGUCUCAUCUACCCCAGUCCUCCUGAUGACUGAUGGAUGGUAUGCAAUCAAGACACUAAUUGAUAAGCCGUUAGCGGGUCUGGUGAAUGCAGGCAAGAUCAUUGUAGGGUUGAAGCUGUGUAUCUAUGGAGCAGAGCUUGUUGGAUCACAGGAUGCUUGUUCACCAUUGGAGGUGCCAGGAAACCUGAUGCUCAGGAUAUCAGCCAACUCCACUCGUCGUGCUCGAUACGAUGCGUUACUUGGAUUCCAGCGCUACCCUCAACCUUUCCCGAUAUCAUUGACGUCAUUAUACCCUGAUGGGGGUAUGGUGGGCUGUGUGGAUGUAGUGGUGGUCAGAAGCUAUCCUAUGCAGUACAUGGAGAAGCAGACUGAAGGAGGUUGCAUCUUUAGAGGGAGACGGGCUGAGGAUAAAGAAGCAGCUCGGUUUGCUCAGGAGAAACAGAGACAAAUGGAGAGACUCUACUCCAAGAUACAGAACGACUACCAAGAGAACGAGAAGAAAACAGUGAAAUCCAAUCGUAGGUUGAUGUCCAGCAGGAAGCUAACGAGAUCAGAGGUAGAGAAACUCUAUAGUGGCCAGGAGGUCUAUGAGGCCCUCAAUAACGCCCUGGAUCCAGGAGCUGUGGAGGCUUUGCUAUCUGAGAGACAGGUGAAUGUAUUGCAUGAUUAUCAAAGGUCCCUGCACGAGAAGAAACAGUCGGAUCUCCAGGGGGAAUUCAAAAGAGCCAUGGAGGAACAAAAACAGGAGAGCCAUGUGGAGAGGAGCGUAACACCCCUCCUAAGACUAAGAGUGGUAGAUGCUCUUAGAAGACAUUCAGCUGAGGAGUGCGGUACCCAUCAGCUGACCAUCUGGAGGCCCUCUGAUGAUGUCACACAGCUACUCACUGAGGGAAAACGCUUCAAAAUAUUCAACGUCAGUACGUCCUCUGGAAGGUUCAGUGUUGGAUCUAAUAAUGUUCAACUCGCCUCAACUCGCGGUACCCGCUACCAGGCAAUUGCACUCGCUACCAGUCACCCAGUUGAUGAAGCCCCCUACCUCCAGAGAGAAUCGUUGAGAUUGCCUGAUACCCUACGGCCUGGGUUCAAUCCAGCCUAUGGUGAAGUAGAUGUCGUUGGUGUUGUUGUGCUUAUUCAGGGUGCAGGGAACAGUACUGGCAAAAGCACAAGUCGGACAGUAUAUCUCUGUGAUGCUCAGGCUAACUUCAUUGCCCUCAGGUUUUGGGGUGGAUUACAGGCACACUGUGUUGAUAACAUAAUCAAGCCAGGAUGUUUCCUGGCUGUAAGCAAUCUACAGUGGAGACCCAACAGUGGUUCGUCUAGCAUCCCUUGCCUCCAUGCAAAUGAUGCUGUGGCGGUUACCACACUCCCCAAAGCCACUCAUCUCAAAUUGGCAAUGCAGCAUCUACAACAGACCAUCAAGAAUCCCAAGGCUUUCGCACAAAGCAUGGAACAAUCGGUACAGGACAGAAUUGCUAUCCAGUCCAGAGUCCCAACACCUCAGACUCCGAGAUCAGGCCAUAUCCAACUCCCAUCAGCCAUGCCUUGUUCAGCCCAAGGAGCCACGCCCUGUUUAGUCCAAGGAAACACACCCUGGGCAGUCCAUCGAGUCACACCCUUGGCUGAUAAUGGACCCAACAGGUGUAUGGUAACACCCCAUAGAACUCCAGUCAGAGGUCAUUCCUUUGGUAUGGAUGGUGGUGCGUCUCAUGCUCAAAACACCACUCCAGGUUUCCCAAGUGCUAAUCAGUUCACUGUGGGGACCGGGGCUCACCGGGGAAGCCUACCAAGACCUCAUGCAGCUUCUACACCCCUCCAUUCAAUCAACACCACCCCUAUGAGAGGUAGACCCUCGACACACCCUUUUCCAUCUCCGUAUGGUCAGAUGUCUCACACGGAUUCACCGGAGAAAAGUCGAUUCAAUACAUCCAGGAAAGUAGAUCUCUUAUCAAGAGUGCCUUCCCCACCUCCUCUGUCUCCCCUCCCUACCCCACCAGCUUACAGGGUCAUGAGUAACUUCAGAGCCCCAUCAGCCAGGACGUCAGUCCCACAACAGGGUUCAAGUUGCAGGUCAAGGGCCAACAGUGCAUUCGGGGGUCAAAGAGCAAAGCUCUAUCCGAGACCUCAAAGUUGGCAAGCGGAAGACAUUCAAUGCGAAGAAGUAAGACGCAUUGAUUUCGAUGAGAAUGCCACAAAGCCACAAUCGACAGGACUUGACAGCUCUGCCAUCGAAGCACCAGGAAGGCCAUGUCCUCAAAGAUCCCCAGAAGACAUGACCGCAAGUCAGCAACAGGUCUUGGAAGUCCUAGGAAUGUCCUAUAAGAGCCUGGGAGAGAUUGACUGGGAGUGGACCCAAAAUACCCAUUCUGAACCAAGCCAAGACUUCUCUUAUGACACCCCAAGUCAAUCUUCACCACCAGCUGAGGAGGGGUUACUGGAAGCAAAAGUUUUGGAUACCAACAGAACUAAACCAAAAAUUGAGGUUAAGAAACUCAAAGAUCCAUUAUGUGCCCUUAAAGUUCCUGCAGUUGUUGAAAAUCCUCAAAAUAGUAGCAAAGAAAAGGAAGUAGAAUCAGCAAGCGCAAGAAAUCGCAGAGGCAUUUCUCGAAGGGGAAGGUGUGGAAGAAGAAGAACUUACGAUCCACCACAUACUGACCAAGAUUCUCCUAAGUCUUCCAAAGUGAGGACUGCAGAGAAGGAGAACAUUGUUGAUGGAAAAGGAGGUUGUUUGAAAAAAGCCUCUCUCGAUCCAACUGAUACUGGCGUCAUGGAAAAUGCCGAUGCUGAGUUAACUUCCUCUAAAACGCCUGACCAGAAAUCUGUCGAGGAUACAGAAAAUGUUAGUGAAGUAGGUGAUUGUGUAAAGACCGCAUCUCAAACUUCUCAAGAGAUCAAAUUAAGCGAGAAGGAAUUUAGCAGCAGUGGAAAUACUUCUUGCAAAGAAACAAGAGAAGCUACUGCAAAAGAGAAGACAGUUGAGAAGAGAAGUGCAAAUAGUGGGAGGAAAAGGGAGUUGGAAUCGAGUCGAGAACCCCCAAAAUGUUCGGAAGAUUCUGAGCAAACUCCAGGAGGGGUUAAUGCUUCUGGGAAGCGCCCUCGUGAGUCUGCCCCAUCAGGGCGGAAGAGAAGGGAACGGUCCAGAGUGGAUUUAUCCAUCCUGGAGCAGAGCAGCCUCCUUGGGGAUGAGUCCGGUGAACCAACGAGAAGACUGACCAGGUCUGCCAGUCAAAGAACAGCAACCAAAGGUGGCUGCAAGAAGUAAAUAGGAUGGCCUUGAUUUGGAAGAGAAUUGACAUCUGGAAAUAUGUCACAGAGAUUGUUCAAUACUGGUGAUGGAAAUUAUUCAGGUUUAUUUAUUUUGCAAGUACUCUUAAAGGCCGCUGGACACGUUUGGUAAUUGUCAA